AUGGACCAGGAACGCACGCCGCCGUCGACGAAGAGGGCAAGGAGCUCGCCUCAGCAAGCCGGCGCCGGCGCCGGCGCGGAAGACCGGCUCGGCGGGCUCGACGACGCCACCCUCCACGCCAUCCUCGUCCGCUUGCCGCUCCGCGACGGGGCGGCCACGGUCGUGCUCUCCCGCCGCUGGCCCCGCGUCUUCGCCACGCUCCCGCGCCUCGUCCUCCGCCCCGCCACCUUCAACCGCCGCGGCUUCCCCGACGAGGGCGACGAGGACCGCUGCGAGGACCAGACACGCUGGAUGCGCGCCCUCCGCUGCGUCCUCGACCGCCGCGCCGCGCCGGUCGCGGCUUUCGAGAUCGACUGCAGAUUCAUGGGCCUCUACGGCGAGUGGUUUUCCUGGGUCUUCCGCGAGCUCUGCGGGAGCGGCGGGCUCCUGGAACUCAGCAUCGCCAACACUGACUACAAAGAGUGCUACGCGCUGCCCGACGCUGUGUACACCUGCACGACGCUCACCUCGCUGGACCUCUACAAUUGCCGGCUCCAGGUGCCGAGCAGGGCCACUGCGGUGGCCCUGCGCGCCCUGAUCGCUCCGCCUCCGCAACGUGGUCGCGAGGGACAGCGACAUCCGUCUCAUCAUCUCCCGGUGCUCGGCCAUAGAGCGUCUGGAGAUCCAUGA